AGGAAGAUGUUACUACAUGCUAGAAGACUGCGUCAUGCAAAGCCCGUUUGUGUCCUUGGAACCAUGUCUAUCAUUCUCGCAAUAUGGUUCUUGGCUUCAUCGCAUGUUCAGCCUGCUGCAAAAAACAGAAAAUAUUGUGAUCAAAUCAACACUGAAUAUGAGAAGGAAGGCCAUGUUUACUUGCCAGGACAACGACGCAGCCGAGUCAUGUUUCUGAAGACACAUAAAACUGGAAGUAGCACUGUUACUAACAUUCUUAAUCGAUAUGGGAUAAACAACAACCUAACAUUUGCAUUACCAAAGUAUGAUUUAAAAUUCAACUGGCCUGAACGUUUGAAAAGUGAUUAUGUGGUCACUACAUGGGCAAAUCCACACAUUUUAUGUAAUCAUGCAAGAUACAAUAAAAGGUUUUUACAUCAUCUCUUUCCUAAACACAAAAGCACUUACAUAACUAUCCUCCGUGAGCCACUGGCAAAUUAUGAGUCUGUUUUUAACUAUAUGGAACUAUGGAAAUAUCUGGAUAUAAAAGGGAAUGACAGCAUGGAGAUACUUCAGAAAUAUCUCCUGAAUGUGACAACUUUUAAAUCAGCAAAACUAGACCAUAGAAAUUCUUCGCGAUUACUAAGAAAUCCUAUGAUAUACGACUUGGGACUGGACUUUCGCUAUUACCAGGAUGAAAAGGCUAUCAAAAAAUACAUCAAAUUCUUGGAAAAAGAGUUUGACCUUGUCAUGAUUUUGGAGUAUUUUGAUGAGUCAGUUGUUUUGUUGAAAAGGUUGAUGUCCUGGGAUUUGGAUGAUGUAGUUUUUGUCAAACACAAUCAGAGGCAAAAGGAGGAAAAGAAGAAGCUCUCACCCUUGCUUGAAGCAAAUAUCAAAAGGUGGAACAAGGCUGAUUUUCUACUUUAUGACCAUUUUAAUGACACUUUGUGGAGUAAAAUUGCAGCAGAAGGACCAGACUUCUAUGAGGAUCUAGCCAAUUUCCGUAAGCGCAAACAAGAAGUGUUUGAAAUGUGUAUAAGUUCAACACCAACCAUUACUGAGAUAUACAGAAACAAGUUUGUGCAAGGACAUAGUCUGAAGAAUGAGAYACCAAAUGACAAGAAAGUGUUUUGCACUWAUUUGGUUAAGAGUGAAUUGGUGUUUUACAAAGAAAACCUUGAAGCUCAUAGAAAACAACAAGCAAAGAUAGAUGAUCAAGGGAAAUUCAAAAAUGAGUUUGAUGCAGAAAAUGAUUGGAAUAAAGCCAAGGAUUUUCCAUAUCUACCUAUCACCACACUGGUAUAGUCUAUGUUAUAGGGCUGUCAUAUGACAAUUUUUCAAGAAACUAGAACAACCAAACUCUGACAAAUUCCCUUUUGGGGAUCAAAGUUUGACUAUUAACAGAAUUUUUGAAUAAUUGUGGAAUUCAGAUUAAACUGCACCGCUUGAUUUUUUGGGGAAUAUAGAUUUUUAUYAAAUCUGUAGCAUAUAUUUUAUUUUUCAUGGGUUUAAUAUACAUUAUUUCAAUGGAGGUUAAAAGGUUUUACCCUCAAAAGAACUUUAAAGAACUUAAAAGAACUUUUUAAACUCUUAAAAGAACUUUUUUCUGUCAUAUAUGUUACAGUUUUCUCAAUACUUAUAAUAAUCUAUAAAACUGUUCAUUAA